CAUCACAACCAGUCACCCAGCAGAGAUCUCUCCGCAGUGUGGAAGUAGUUGGUAGAGCACACGCAAUCCAAUCCACCUUUUUAGCUACCAGAGCAAUAUACAUUUGUGAGUUUCUUGUCCGCAUCGCUUGGACCAAUUGGAUAGGAUUUUUAAAAUCAUUUUAACGGGCUCCGACAGAAGCGCAGUCAGUGAAGGACGUUUGAAAACUAACGGUUUGAAUUAUUGACUUCUGAUUAGUUCAGGAUUAAGUUUUAACCGGGAAAAAACACGGAUAGAGGUUUUGUUUUACCAACGACAUAAGAUUCAUUUGAAUCAGCACAGACAGCAUGGCGAGAGAGGACGCUCGGAAUAGGCAUGACUUCACAAAAAUCAUCGGACUGUUCAGCGUGGUCACGUUGCUGACUUUUCAAGGGGUAUUGUCUCAGCAGGUGAAGGUGGAACCGGAAGUGAUGUCCUACCCCAGCCAGGCGGUCAACCUGAGGUGUGCCUUCGCAGACGCUGGAGGGAUACAGCUCACACAGGUGUCCUGGAUCUAUGAGCCGAAGGAGGGCGAGCGGCUCAACAUCGCCGUGUACCACCCUAAAUUUGGGGCAAGUUUCCCCACAUCGCCCCUGAAGGGGCGGGUCCGCUUCACGACGGAGCCCCCCUCCCUCAGCAACCCCUCCAUCCAGAUCUCAGACGUCAAGAUGACUGACGAAGGGAAAUACAUCUGUGAAUACGCCACCUACCCCAGUGGCAACGAACAGGGUGUCACCUCCCUCGUCAUGCUAGCCAAACCCAGGAACUCUGCCUCCGGGGUAACAGUGAUAGCCUCCACUGUCGCCGCGGGAGCCAAGCCAGUUGUUGUGGCCCGCUGUGAGUCGGCCGACGGUCGUCCUGCUGCCCAGAUCGCAUGGGUGACAGCUGUCAACGGCAACGCUACCUCCGCCUCUACGGCGGGUGCUGACAACACCGUGACGGUAUCCAGCCAGUACAUGCUGGUUCCCACAGCAGCAGACAACGGCAAAGACAUCAGCUGUUUGGUGUCCCAUCGAACCCAGGCCAAGCCUGAGAGCUUCCUGAUGAAACUGGCCAUCGAAUACCCCCCACAGGUGACCAUCGUGGGCUAUGAUAAUAACUGGUACAUGGGUCGGACCAACGUGGCUCUGACCUGUCGGGCUACUGCCAACCCCAUUCCUACCACCAUCACAUGGAAAACUAUGUCCGGUCAGAUGCCAGACACAGUGCAGGUAAAAGAAAACGUGCUGACUGUGCUGAAGGUGGAUGAGCAGGCCAACACAACCUUCGUCUGCGAGGUCAAGAACCGCCUGGGCACCGGCAAGGACCAGGUCACUGUUAUGGUCAGAGAACCCUCUGUGGUCCCCUCCAAUGCAGGCGUGGUGGCAGGUGCUGUGAUUGGCUCCCUUCUGGCCCUUCUCCUCGUUGCCGCCCUUAUUGCCGUCCUGGUCACCCGAAGCCGCCGGCAACAGCAGGGUUACCGCGGCAACCCAAACCACAGCUCCUACGACAUAAAGUCGCGCGUCUUCGGUGGCGGCAAGAAGGGGAGCAAGAACGGGACGGGUGCUGGCGCUGGGGGCAACGGGGCGGGCGGCAACAACAGCCCCAUCUACGUCUACAAGGAGGGCUCCGCCCAUGAUGGCCUGACUGAAAAGGCCAAUCACCACGUGCCGCUACACCUGGGGAGGCAUGGUGAAGGGGUGGUUGCCACGGCGCAGGACAUCCUGCUGAGUGGCGAGCUGGACGAGGCAGAGCGGAGAAAGUUUGACCAACUGGAGGAUGACGAGGAGAGUUACGACCACUUUGGAAGGGGCGGGCCCAUCCUGCAGCUCCGCCCAACACAUGACCAGGACGGAAUCAUGGGUGGUUACCUUGACGACGACAUGGAGUCUCAGCGCGACGGGUCGGUCAUCUCACGGACUGCCGUGUACGUGUAGAGAGAACGGGCAGAGGAAGAGGAGGAGGAGGAAGGGAAAGCAGGAUGAAGAAGGAAAGGAUGAAUGAAAAUGUCCUCCUUCCAGAGGAGUCGGUGGUGUUGGGUUCUCCUCUGUUGGAUCAUUUGAAAUAUAUUAACGACGACCAACAAUGCAGCCCAUGGAGGGAGCAAGAUGAACUGAAUGAAGUGGCUGAGGGAGGGAAUGUAAACAAACAAGAUGGAGGACUGGUGUAUUGAUAAUACAAAUCUUUUUCUCUGGUCCCAAUAUGAAAAGUGGAUCACUUGGGAUCUAUCUACCAAAACAAAUGAAAGAAAUCCUAAAACUAUCUUCCUCACAUUGCUGUUCUGUCUGUUGUGUUCCUCCUUUCCUUAGCUUAGGGACCUUGGAGAUUGAACCCUCCAGAGAGACACAUUGCGGUAGGGACUUGUGGGUAAAAUGGCAUCUCAAUGCACCCGUUCCCACGUUAGAAACUCCUCACUAAAAUAUUCACUCUUAUCUCCACUAAACGCACAGUAGCAAUGUAAGGGGUGUCAUGAUGAUACCUGCUCCCUGCUAUUCUCGUCUCUCUGGGACAACGCUUGUUCCGGCCACAGUAGCCUUGUUUCUGCUGUAUGUGACAGUACUGGGGAAGGGGAAGGUUGACAGCGGAAGUGGUCGAUGUAGUUGUGGUUAAGUAGAAUGUCAGACUCUCUCUCGUGUCUGUAUGUUGCAGUAGGCCUCCUCAUUCUCUCUGCUAUUGUGCCAUCAACUGGAAGUAUGUGCAGAAUUUAGUUUGGGACAUUCUGAAAUGAUAUUACUGAAGGAGGUAGGUCAUCUCGAUGAAGAGUGCAUGAAAUGGGAAUUGAUAGAGGGAACCGUACAGCUGUUCUCAUCUCUGGAGAGACUGGGAGAGAGGGGUUAGGAUGAAUUGAUAGAGGGAACCGUACAGCUGACCUCAUCUCUGGAGAGACUGGGAGAGAGGGGUUAGGAUGAAUUGAUAGAGGGAACCAUACAGCUGUUCUCAUCUCUGGAGAGACUGGGAGAGAGGGGUUAGGAUGAAUUGAUAGAGGGAACCGUACAGCUGUUCUCAUCUCUGGAGAGACUGGGAGAGAGGGGUUAGGAUGAAUUGAUAGAGGGAACCGUACAGCUGUUCUCAUCUCUGGAGAGACUGGGAGAGAGGGGUUAGGAUGAAUUGAUAGAGGGAACCGUACAGCUGUUCUCAUCUCUGGAGAGACUGGGGGAGAGGGGUUAGGAUGAAUUGAUAGAGGGAACCGUACUGCUGUUCUCAUCUCUGGAGAGACUGGGAGAGAGGGGUUAGGAUGAAUUGAUAGAGGGAACCGUACAGCUGACCUCAUCUCUGGAGAGACUGGGAGAGAGGGGUUAGGAUGAAUUGAUAGAGGGAACCAUACAGCUGUUCUCAUCUCUGGAGAGACUGGGAGAGAGGGGUUAGGAUGAAUUGAUAGAGGGAACCGUACAGCUGUUCUCAUCUCUGGAGAGACUGGGAGAGAGGGGUUAGGAUGAAUUGAUAGAGGGAACCGUACAGCUGUUCUCAUCUCUGGAGAGACUGGGAGAGAGGGGUUAGGAUGAAUUGAUAGAGGGAACCGUACAGCUGUUCUCAUCUCUGGAGAGACUGGGAGAGAGGGGUUAGGAUGAAUUGAUAGAGGGAACCGUACAGCUGUUCUCAUCUCUGGAGAGACUGGGAGAGAGGGGUUAGGAUGAAUUGAUAAAGGGAGAAAAAGGAAAGUGUCUGAAACAGCAGGGCUGUUCUCCCUCUCCUCUUUUUGAUCCCUCUCUUCUUGUGGUGUUCCUGACACGAAGAGUUUGAUUGCUAAUGAGCCAUGAAGUCACCGCUCAGCUUAGCCCACAUGCACACCAAAUUACCACCGCUUGGAUGUUAUGACGUGGACAUUUUCUCUCUCCCCGUUUCUCUCCUCCCCCAGUCUUUCUCCAUCACCUCUCUCUACCCUGUGUGUGUGGGUGAUUUACACAGGGAUACAGGGAGAGCAGAGGGAGUAUUUCAUGCCACCCAGCUUACUGUAGCCCCUUCCUCCCUGACUCAGAAAGCCAUGGUGGAGUCAUGCCCUGCUCACUGUACAUCUCAGCUUUCAUAGGUUGAUUCGUCAGGUUAUAUAGAAAUCCAAAUACAUGAUGGCAUAUUUGCAUCUAGCCAAUUAAGAUACAAAUGAAGUCAAAUGAAUUGAUUGAUUCUGUGCAUAGACAGGGGGGUGAAUGACCUGUUAUAGGACCUACAUUGACUAGCAGAGGUCUGGGUAUAAUCCUUCAUGAUUCAGACCGGAGCCUGAUAGUUUAAUGACAGUCGAGGGCGGUUCAAGCCAAUAUCACCAUGUGCAACUAUUAUACAUCACUAGAGGCAAACAGACGACCAUUGGAAGGCUGUGACCAGCUGUCUUCCUGAAGAGCCUUAAUUUCCUACCCUCAAUAGCCCAGAUCUGAAUCCCCUCUGAAUCAGCCCCUUAACAACUCCUAUCUCAUGACUCCCCUGUGAUUCAUCGUGUUCCCUGGUUAAUCAGUGGGGUUUCCUUGGCUGCCCUGACGAGGCGAGGCGCCUGAUUGGCCCAUUAAGCCUGGGUCUGUUUCUGGGUCACGGCCAGCCAGAGGUCAUGGGGUCACAGAGAAACGCACACACACACUCUGGUGAGAGAGCGACGUGUAGUAGUGUUCCAGGAUGACGUUAACUGUUGUGGUGGAGGUUGACCGUUGUGUGGGGGAGAGACCGGAACGGAGAGGGGGCAGACUGGGAGGAAGGGAUAGAUACUGACCCACUGCGACUCGCCUAACCAUCAGCACUUGAUAACACUAUAGCCUAUGUCUGUCAGUCCUCAGUAUAGGCCAGAACUCUGGCUUACAUAAACAUUAUAGAUACAGUACACAUGCAGGGAGCAGGGCUCUACAGUGCAGCCGUUUUACUUCAUAUGCGCCUAAGUAUUUUGCUUUGCGACAUGUCAUUUUUAUUUUGGCGCACCGGUGCACCUAGACAAUUUUACAAUUCUAGCUUUAUUACCUCAAAUAUUUUUCACUGUGCUCCUAAAUUUCUUUGUGUGCGCCUACAUGUUUCAACUUAGCCACACACGUGCUCCUAAAAAAGGUCAGCGUAGAGGCCUGUAGUGACCUACUUAUAAUGACCACUAAGAAACACGUAUCUCCAGUCUGCACUUGUAUGUAACACCAAAACAGGAUAUGCCCACUAGUUAUAUUUGUAUGAAGGUGAUCAAGUGUGUCUUUGGAGAAAUAUUGAUAAAGUCCUUCAGUUUGUGAUGUGAAGAGGGAGGGAAGGGAGAAAGUUGUAUGUAUAUUUUGGUGUGAAGUAUCUGUAUACUAUAUAUGUACGGAUCUUUAUUUUUCUGGUCGAACUCCUGUGAAAAAAUGUGGAUAUUGAUCAGAGUGUAAAUAACUGCUGUAUAGUCAAUGGUGUCAUGUGGAACUCACUUCCUGGUUUGGCCAAGGUCAAAGUUCAGUCAGAGGCAAUAAUACUGUACUCCGAAUGUAACUGCUUGAAUAGACAACCCUUCAAUGAAAAGGUAUAGGAUGUAUAAGAUGCACAUCUUAAGUUAUUAAAUACUUGUGAAUCUAGUUCAUCUCAAGAACAAUAGUUGAAAUACAUGUAAACAUUUGAGUUUUUCAGCCAGGGUGAACUGAAAUAACUGGAUUGGCAGGUUCACUAAACUCAAUCAACAUACUUAAGAUACUUGCCCCAUCACCCAUAAACACACAUACUAUCAGUUAGACUAGCUCCUACAUAGGCAGUGAUCUGUGUGGUUUCUGAGUCAGCGCUGUGUGUGUGGCACAGAGGCUUUGGGACAUCUGUCAGUGCCACGGUGUGUAACCCGAAUGUCCAUUUCUUGCCCCCUCUGUCUCUUAGCAUUGGGAGUUAGAGGAGACAUUACUGUAAACUGUCCCCUGCAGCCUGACCUCUCUCUCUCUCUCUCUCUCUCUCUCUCUCUCUCUCUCUCUCUCUCUCUCUCUCUCUCUCUCUCUCUCUCACACACACACACACACACACACACACACACACAGAGAAAGGGGGAACUAGUAGGAAACGUACACAAACACUUAGUGGUUCGAACUCUGUCAGAACAUUCACAGACCCUUCUGUUCUCCAGAGACUGGGAGAGAGCCACACACACAUUCCUCUUGUCCACUGUCAGGGAUUUAAGUAACAUGUGUUCUGAGAACACUUUCUGAGAAUCAUCUGUACUGUUACUCUCUCUCUGUGAGGGCUGUGUUUUUAAAGCUUUCAUAAAAUGAAUACCCAAUUGGCCAAUUUUAUAAAAAGUAAAUGCUUUCUGGGAAUCUUCUUCUCUUGACCUCUGCUUGUACUGCCUGGCACAAAGAUUUUAAAAUAAAAAUGCUUUUAGAGAGUUGAUGUAAUGUUCCUGUCCUGGAGUUAACACAGCUUGUUUGUAGGUUGUUAUUUAGUAGUUGUUGUUAAUCCACAUUGUCCUCCUCUGGCUCUAAACACUGAUGACUAAUCCAAGCCUUAACUUCCCUGUCGUCUCGAUUGCUCCCCCCUGACGUGUACAUAGUAUAAAUAUAUAAAUACAGUAUCUAGCGGAAAGAAAAAUAAAGAAUGACUAAUUUAUGGUGUCACGUGUUCUAUUUCUCAGCGCCAAGCAUGAAGGAUUUCUUCUCUUCUGUAUCAAUGCUUAUUUUACAAGUCCUUGUCUUUUUAUCUUUUAUUGCAGUGCUUUAUCAUUUAUGCUUUAUUUCUCCACUGCUUUGCUGUGACUACUCCGCCACAACAGGCUUAAUGUGCUUUUACCCUGCACCAUUUUGUACAGUGCAAUCGAAACAAUCUUACCACAAAAUGUGCUUUUUAUUCACCGCUCUCUGAACUAGUUUUUUUUUAAAGAAACCUUUUAGAAUCUGUCACUAUUUGUCAUGUCUUUCUAUUUUUUUGUAUUUGGUUGCAAUUAAAGUUUUCUUGAUUUUUGAAACGA